UGGGUGAGUGAAUGUGAGAGUCAGCGUCGCUCCGCGCGCGCCGUCCGCCUCCGCCGCUCGGCGCCCUUAUUUCUGCUGCGAGGGCCGAGCGCGCGCGUAAAGGCAUAGAGACGGGCGUUGAGCGCUCGGGCUAGAGCGUCGCCGAGUCGGAGCCGGAGCCCGAGCCGCGCGCUGUGUCUUCGCUGCGUCCGCCGAGGCCCCCGAGUGUCAGGGACAAAAGCCACCGCCGCGCCGCCUGCUCCCGCUGCCGGGGCUCAUCCGCCGCCCGCUGCCCUGAGGAGAGUCCGCCGCCGUCGCCACCCGUGAGGAUCCGAGAGCCAUGUCGGCCAGCAGCCUCUUGGAGCAGAGACCAAAAGGUCAAGGAAACAAAGUACAAAAUGGAUCUGUACAUCAAAAGGAUGGAUUAAAUGAUGAUGAUUUUGAACCUUACUUGAGUCCACAGGCAAGGCCCAAUAAUGCAUAUACUGCCAUGUCAGAUUCCUACUUACCCAGUUACUACAGUCCCUCCAUUGGCUUCUCCUAUUCUUUGGGUGAAGCUGCUUGGUCUACUGGGGGUGACACAGCCAUGCCCUAUCUAACUUCUUAUGGACAGCUGAGCAACGGAGAGCCUCACUUCUUACCAGAUGCAAUGUUUGGACAACCAGGAGCUCUAGGUAGCACUCCAUUUCUUGGUCAGCAUGGUUUUAAUUUCUUUCCCAGUGGGAUUGACUUCUCAGCUUGGGGAAAUAACAGUUCUCAGGGACAGUCUACUCAGAGCUCUGGAUAUAGUAGCAAUUAUGCUUAUGCACCUAGCUCCUUAGGUGGAGCCAUGAUUGAUGGACAGUCAGCUUUUGCCAGUGAGACCCUCAAUAAGGCUCCUGGCAUGAAUACUAUAGACCAAGGGAUGGCAGCACUGAAGUUGGGUAGCACAGAAGUUGCAAGCAAUGUUCCAAAAGUUGUAGGCUCUGCUGUUGGUAGUAGUUCCAUUACUAGCAACAUCGUGGCUUCCAAUAGUUUGCCUCCAGCUACCAUUGCGCCUCCAAAACCAGCAUCUUGGGCUGAUAUUGCUAGCAAGCCUGCAAAACAGCAACCCAAGUUGAAGACCAAGAAUGGCAUUGCAGGGUCGAGUCUUCCACCACCCCCAAUAAAGCAUAACAUGGAUAUUGGAACUUGGGAUAACAAGGGUCCUGUGGCAAAAGCACCCUCACAGGCUUUGGUUCAGAAUAUAGGUCAGCAGCCAACCCAGGGGUCUCCCCAGCCUGUUGGUCAGCAGGCUAACAAUAGCCCACCAGUGGCUCAGGCAUCAGUAGGGCAACAGACACAGCCAUUGCCCCCACCUCCACCACAGCCUGCUCAGCUCUCAGUGCAGCAACAGGCGGCUCAGCCAACCCGCUGGGUAGCACCUCGGAACCGUGGCAGUGGGUUUGGUCAUAAUGGGGUGGAUGGUAAUGGAGUAGGACAAUCUCAGGCUGGAUCUGGAUCUACUCCUUCAGAACCUCAUCCAGUGUUGGAGAAGCUGCGAUCUAUUAAUAACUAUAACCCCAAGGAUUUUGACUGGAAUCUGAAACAUGGCCGGGUUUUCAUCAUUAAGAGCUACUCUGAGGACGAUAUCCACCGUUCCAUUAAGUAUAAUAUCUGGUGCAGCACAGAGCAUGGUAACAAGAGACUGGAUGCUGCUUAUCGCUCCAUGAACGGGAAAGGCCCCGUUUACUUACUUUUCAGUGUCAACGGCAGUGGACACUUCUGUGGCGUUGCAGAAAUGAAAUCUGCUGUGGACUACAACACAUGUGCAGGUGUGUGGUCCCAGGACAAAUGGAAGGGUCGUUUUGAUGUCAGGUGGAUUUUUGUGAAGGACGUUCCCAAUAGCCAACUGCGACACAUUCGCCUAGAGAACAAUGAGAAUAAACCAGUGACCAACUCCAGGGACACUCAGGAAGUGCCUCUGGAAAAGGCUAAGCAGGUGUUGAAAAUCAUAGCCAGCUACAAGCACACCACUUCCAUUUUUGAUGACUUCUCACACUAUGAGAAACGCCAAGAGGAAGAAGAAAGUGUUAAAAAGGAACGUCAAGGUCGUGGGAAAUAAAAGGCAGUUCUGCACAGACUGCAGCAACGGUUGCAUCUGCAUAUCCUAAGAGGAAAAAUGACCUUCAAGAGAAUUAGGACUUUUUUCUUAAUUUCAUUGACUUCAGAGACAAUUGCAGACUUGCAGUUUAAGUAUUGGAAUUUCACAAAAGACAUAGGACUUAACUGGAAAAUGAAAAAAAAAAAAAAAGAAAAAGAAAAAACUAAACAAAAAAUCCCUCUAGGUAGUUUAGGUGAAAAAUGUCCCUUUUAUUUUGGCUUUGGUUGUGAUUUCAGAGCAUAAUGCUUUGUUUUUUUGUCUUUUUACUAUGUUUUUCGGAUUUUAAAGUCCGUAAGUGCAUACAAUUUUCUCUAAUUUUUAAACCCUUUCCUCCCCCCAUUUUGACAUUUGCACUUGGAGAACACUUGAGUUUCGAAGGUUUUGGGCCUCCACCCCAGAAAGUGGGAAUUUGGUUUUUCCCUUCCGAACUGGAAGAACAUUUUUAUGAAGAAUUUUUGUCUUGGAGAAUUUAACAGUGUUACCCAAGGUUGUGUCUUCAAGGGUGGUUCAUUUUCUCUGACCCUUUGUUACUCAAAGUAAAGUACUAGGAGUCCUAAGAAAUGUUCUGUUGUACAUUAUACUGAUUAAGUCAGGAUUAAUUUGAUUUCAAAGCUAAGAACAGUGGUAAAAACUUGUUUACAGAAAUGCAUUUUGGAAGAGAAAAAUACUGUAAAACGUGUAGUGAAUGUUUCUUCAGUUUCCUGUUCAGCCAAUGAGGAAAGGGCAUUGCCUUUCUUUUUACCAUUAAUCACUUCUCAAUAAACGUGAGAUCCUGUUGAGCAUCACUUCUAGUACCAUUUAUUAGUAUUAUUUGAUCUGCUAUAUUUUAUGCAAGCUUUGGAGUAUAAGGAGUUUUAAGAGGUGAGACAGCAUCCAUUUUUAGAAAGUUCACUGAGAUGAAGUAGUUCAGGCUUGCUUUUGUACCCAGGGCUGGAUAACCACGACCUCUGAGGUGCAAAGCAAGGUGGGCCAAUAUUCAUUAAUUCUUUAUUUGUGGGUACUUCCCAGAGAAGGUAGAGCCGCUGCUAAAUCAUUCAACAAAUAUUUGAUUGUGAGUACUUACUAGGUGCCAGGCACUGUGUAAUAACCCUGUAGAAACCUGGCCAGGUAUCUUAUGUGCAAAGUAGGUAGAGCCCAGUAUGAAGGGUAUAAGUGUUUAAUCUGAAAUAUGACUUAUUUAGACAGAAUUCCACGUUGGUGCAGGUCCAAGAAUUAGGAAUUCCAGUGAGCUUGGGUCUUUGUGAACCAUAUAACCAUAAUGGUAUUUGAUUCACCCUUGUUUAUUUCCUAAGGUUUGGGGCUUCUCUGCCUUAAAAGAUUAUUAGCCCUUAAGAUGUCCCAAUUUUGGAGAGUUAGUUAAAUGUGUGAAAAUUUCUAUAAUAAGAAAAGUUUCUGAAAAUGAGUUUUUAAUGCUGUUGGGCAGUGUUUUGCCAUCGGAUGACUUUAUUUGUCGUAUUCUACAGUAGCCUAGGCUACUAAAUCAAGGGCAUGAUAAAAUUAAUGCUGGUUUGUAAUUAGCAUUAUUGUUGACACUGAGUUGAGAACUUUGCCUGAGGCAUGGUACAAUAUGCCUAGAUAUUCCUAUUUGCCAGGCUUUUUGAAAUACAUUCUUUUCAAAUUGGGGAGUCUUGUGCUUUCAUCAGUUUGAAGAUGCCCAGUUUUGAAUUAGAAAUGUAACAUUCAUGGUUUUCAAUUUUAGCUGACACUUCUGUGACUUUUAGAGGAUUCCCAUGGGCUUCAUGGUUUAGUAUUUCACCUUUGAAAGGGAAAAUAAUUCUGAGAAAAACAUUCAGAAGCAUUCUUAACCUAGAUUUCCCUACCUUUUUAAUUCAGGUUGGAUAUGAGAGUAUUCAAGACACUUUUUUGCAGCUUGAAAUUUUAAUGCCUCAGUGUUUAAAGCCAGUGCUUCCCAGUCUUUAUUUUCACAUCACACAGAAAAUACUGGUGACUUUGAGGACAAACUGAAAGGAAUUUGGAUCCCUUAAUAAGGCUGCUCACCUAGCUCUCCCUGAAUGUUGAGGGAGUCAGGAUGUUGGAUUUGUUUGCUUGUUUUUUGUUUUUUUUUUUUUAAACCAUAUUGGCCUUUUAUGUAGUAUACAAAACUUUAUGUUCACUCUUAAGAGUUUGGUCCAAAAGUUGGUUUGGUGAAGAUCCCAAAAUGGAGCAAAACUAGUUCUCUUAACUGCUAAUGACAACAUUCUCAGUGGAAAUUGUUGACUAUUUGCCCUUAAUGCUUUGUUCUGUUCUGUCAUUUGCUAAUGUAAGACUUUGGAUAGCCAUUGUUGUUUACUUUUCUCCUUUGUUGACUAUGAGGGGAAACUGAACAAUCUUACCACGUGCUAUCAGUGUUAAUUCAAAGCAUUUUGAACCUGUAAUGUCAGCAAACAUGUAUAAAUCUCAUUCACUUAAUUUGGUCUUAGUUAUAUUUGAUUGGCUAUCUUCCCCCAACAUGUUCCAUUUGAAGGAAAAUUUAUUUUGCAAAAGCAGUAUGAGUUCUCAUAUGCCCUUCACUCAGCUUCCCCCAAAUGUUAACAUUUAACAUAAACAUGGGACAGUUAUCAAAAAACAGUAAAUAUCGAUACAGUGCUAUUUACUAAUCUACAGACCUUAUUGGAUUGUGUCAGUUGCUCAAGCAAUGUCUUUUUUUCUGGCUCAGCAUCCAAUCCAGGAUCUCAUAGUGCUUUUAGUUGUCUUUAGUCUGUAGACUGAGUUCUUCAAUCUUCAUCUUUUAUGAUUUUGACACUUGGAGAGUACUGGCCAGUUAUUUAUAGAAUACCCUUGAAAUGAACUUGCCUAAUAUUUUCUCAUUAUUAGGUUGAAGUUAUUUUUUGGUAGGAAUACUGCUAAAAUCAUGUGCCCUUCUCAGUGCAUUAUAUCAGGACACAUAGUGUCCAUAUGUAUUACUGGUGAUGUUAACUUUGAUCACUUGGGUGAGGUGGUGUUUGUGGGAUUUCUCUCCACUGUGAAGUUACUGAAUUUCCCUUUGUAAUAAGUAACUUGUGGGAGGGAUAUACUUUAAAACUAUCAAUCUUUGGUUCACUAAUUUUGACAUCUUUGGAUUGUUAUUCCCUGGAACAAGUAUUACUGUGGCAUUUGCCAAAUGUUAAUUCACUAUUGUCUAUUAUUUUUGCAUUUAUACUAAUUGGAAUUCUACUGUAAGGAGGAGCUGUCCCUUCUCCCCAUUUUAUUUAUUCAGUGGUAUCAGUAUGGACUCAGGGGUAUUUUGUUCCAUGGGUCAAUGCUGUCACUUAUUUUGUUGCUCAUACUGUCCCAGCUUUGGCCAUUGGACUAGUCUUCAAGUUGGCUUCUGUAUUUUUUUGACAUGCCCCCAAUGUUUUUUGGAGCCCUUCUUUAAUGUUCUGGUACUAUAAGAUGUUCCUGGCUAGUCUUGUAUUUUCAGUGCCCCAGCCCCAUUUUUCCAAGGAACAAAGGUUCUUUUUAUUGGAGAUAGAAACCACCCCUUGUGUUUUUUAAAAAGCAGUUCUUUACAACAGAUUAUUAAAGUGGGGUUUUUAUUCCUCAUGUAGGUGGAGACUUACUUAUCUAAUCAAAACUCCUGGCCACCUCAUUUCUUCCUCCAUUUUCAUAGACUAUAUAGAUCAGUCUUCUGGAGUUGUGGAGAGGACUUCCACUUGGCAUAAUACUUCACCUAGAGUGAGCCCUAAUGAAUGUGGGUUGGUUUGCACCCUUCCGUAAUUUCUAUCUUUAGCCUUGUAAAUAGAGACCCAAAAUGUUGGAAGUCGUGGUUUCCACCUAACCUAUUAAGGGGUUCAGAGCUUUUUCUGCCUGUGAGAAAAUAAAUGGUCGUGUACUCAA